AUGGCUGGGCUGCGCGCGCUGCUGUCCUGCCUGCUGCCCCUGCACUGUGCGCUCUGCGCCGCCGCGGGCAGCCCGACCCCAGAACCACGUUUCUCCAGAAAGCUCAGUGACUAUGGUGUGACAGUGCCAUGCAGCACAGAUUUUCGGGGACGCUUCCUCUCCCACGUGCUGUCCAGGCCAGCGGCAGCCUCCACGGGGAGUGCGGUAGUGGAGGGGCCGCCGGCAGCACAGUCGCCCUCCGGUCAACUCCGGGUGGCCCGCAGCCUCCAGCGCCCAGGAGCGAGCCUGCAGCCCGGCCGGGUGGGGCGCUCCUCCCUCUAUUUCAACGUUACCGUGUUUGGGGAGGAACUGCAUUUGCGCCUGCGGCCCAACCGCCGGCUGGUCGUGCCCGGAGCCUCGGUGGAGUGGCAGGAGGACUUUCGGGAGCUAUUCCGUCAGCCCUUGCGGCGGGAGUGUGUCUACACCGGGGAUGUCAUGGGCAUGCUGGGGGCAGCUGUCGCCAUCAGCAACUGCGACGGAUUGGCGGGCCUCAUCCGCACGGACAGCAGCGACUACUUCAUAGAACCCCUGGAGUGGGGGCAGCAGGAGAAGGAGGCCGGCGGGAGGACGCACGUGGUGUACCGCCGGGAGGUGGUCCGGCAGGAGUGGACUGAGCCCGGCGGGGACCUUCACAACGAAGCUUUUGGCCUGGGUGACCUCCCCAACCUGCUGGGCCUGGUGGGGGACCAGCUGGGCGACGGAGAGCGGAAGCGGCGGCAUGCUAAGGCAGGCAGCUACAGCAUUGAGGUGCUGCUGGUGGUGGAUGACUCGGUGGUGCGCUUCCAUGGCAAGGAGCACGUGCAGAACUACAUCCUCACCCUCAUGAACAUCGUAGAUGAGAUUUACCAUGAUGAGUCUCUGGGCACCCACAUAAACAUCGCGCUGGUCCGCUUGAUCAUGGUCGGCUACCGACAGUCUCUGAGCCUGAUCGAGCGUGGGAACCCCUCUCGCAGCCUGGAGCAGGUGUGUCGCUGGGCGCACUCUCAGCAGCGCCAGGACCCCAGCCACGCAGAGCACCAUGACCAUGUCGUCUUCCUCACCCGGCAGGACUUCGGGCCCUCAGGUAUGCAAGGGUAUGCGCCUGUGACUGGCAUGUGCCACCCCCUGAGAAGCUGUACCCUCAACCACGAGGAUGGCUUCUCCUCAGCCUUUGUGGUGGCCCACGAGACUGGCCAUGUGCUCGGCAUGGAGCACGACGGUCAGGGGAAUGGCUGUGCAGACGAGACCAGCCUGGGCAGCGUCAUGGCACCCCUGGUGCAGGCUGCCUUCCACCGUUUCCACUGGUCCCGCUGCAGCAAAGUGGAGCUCAGCCGCUACCUCCCCUCCUACGACUGCCUCCUCGAUGACCCCUUUGCGCCUGCUUGGCCCCGGCCCCCAGAGCUGCCGGGCAUUGACUACUCGAUGGACGAGCAAUGCCGCUUUGACUUCGGCUCUGGAUACCACACCUGUUCUGCGUUCCAGACCUUCGAGCCCUGUAAGCAGCUAUGGUGCAGCCACCCUGACAACCCAUACUUCUGCAAGACCAAGAAGGGGCCCCCCUUGGACGGGACCGAGUGUGCACCCGGCCAGUGGUGCUUCAAGGGUCACUGCAUCUGGAAAUCGCUGGAGCUGACUUACGGCCAGGAUGGAGGCUGGAGCUCCUGGACCAAGUUCGGGUCAUGUUCACGGUCGUGUGGGGGCGGGGUUCGAUCCCGCAGCCGGAGCUGUGACAAUCCCCCCCCAGCCUACGGAGGCCGCCUGUGUUCCGGGCCCAUGUUCCAAUACCAGGUGUGCAACAGCGAGGAGUGUCCGGGGCCCUACGAGGACUUCCGGGCCCAGCAGUGUGCCAAGCGCAACUCCUACUACAUCCACCAGAAUGCCAAGCACAGCUGGAUCCCCUACGAGCCUGAAGAUGAUGCCCAGAAGUGUGAGCUGAUCUGCCAAUCGGAGGACACCGGGGAUGUGGUCUUCAUGAAUCAGGUGGUCCACGAUGGGACACGCUGCAGCUACCGGGACCCAUAUAGCGUCUGUGCCCGUGGCGAGUGUGUGCCCGUCGGCUGUGACAAGGAGGUGGGAUCCAUGAAGGCAGAUGACAAGUGCGGGGUCUGUGGAGGGGACAACUCUCACUGCAGGACUGUGAAGGGGACACUGGGCAAGGCCUCCAAGCAGGCAGGAGCUCUCAAACUGGUACAGAUCCCAGCUGGUGCCAGGCACAUCCAGAUCGAGGAGCUGGAGAAGGUUCCACACCGCAUUGCGGUGAAGAACCAGGUCACAGGCAGCUUCAUCCUCAACCCCAAGGGCAAGGAAGCAAUGAGCCGGACCUUUACUGCAAUGGGCCUGGAGUGGGAAUACGUGGUGGAGGAUGCCAAGGAAUGCCUCAAGACCAGCGGGCCCCUGCCUGAAGCCAUUGCUGUCCUGGUGCUCCCCCCAGCUGAGGGUGGUCCCCGCAGCAGCCUGGCCUACAAGUACAUCAUCCACGAGGACCUGCUGCCCCUUAUCGGGAGCAACAAUGUGCUUCUGGAGGAGACGGACACAUACGAAUGGGCGCUCAAGAGCUGGGCCCCCUGCACCAAGGCCUGCGGAGGAGGGAUCCAGUUUACCAAAUAUGGCUGUCGGCGCCGGCGAGACCACCACAUGGUCCAGCGGCACCUGUGCGACCACAGGAGGAGGCCCAAGCCCAUCCGCCGGCGCUGCAACCAGCACCCCUGUGCCCAGCCCGCGUGGGUGACAGAAGAGUGGGGUGCCUGUAGCCGGAGCUGUGGGAAGCUGGGGGUGCAGACCCGGGGGGUGCAGUGCCUGCUACCCCUUUCCAAUGGUACCCACAAGGCCAUGCCGGCCAAGGCCUGCCCUGGGGACCGGCCCGAGGCCCGGCGGCCCUGCCUCCGCGUGCCCUGUCCAGCCCAGUGGCGCACGGGCGCCUGGUCCCAGUGCUCUGCUACCUGCGGGGAGGGCAUCCAGCAACGGCAGGUGGUGUGCCGGACCAAUGCCAACAGUCUCGGGCAGUGUGAGGGGGACAGGCCAGACACCGUUCAGGUCUGCAGCCUGCCGGCCUGUGCAGGAAAUCUCCAGAACUCCAGAGUGAGUGCUGACAUUCGAGAACUUGUGACCCCAAAAGGACAGUGGGUGCCACAGUCAGGGCCCUUACAUCCCAUUAACAAGAUAUCAUCAACGGAGCCCUGCGAGGGGGACCGGUCCAUCUUCUGCCAGUUGGAAGUACUCGAUCGCUACUGCUCCAUCCCCGGCUACCACCGGCUGUGCUGUGAGUCCUGUACCAAGAAGGCCCUGGGCCCUGACACCAGCCCGGCCCCUGGCCUGGCCUCACCACCACCCUUCUCCACCCCCGGGAGCCCUUUACCGGGACCUAGGUCCCCUCCAGAUACUGUGGAGCCCACUGUGGGGCCAACGGGAUCAGAUGACCAUCAGCAUGGCCAACCCACCCAACUCCCAAGACCUCUGGGCACCAGCUCCCCAGUGACCCAGCACCGCUUUACUCCCCAGAAACUGCGCCCUAGAGCAUCGUGGGGCACUUCCCCCAGCACCCCCCGGGGACAGCCUUGGGGCUGGACCCUGGCACCUACGUCGGUCUCCGAGGAUGGAGGGGAGCUCAGGGAAGACCUGAAACACCCAGGCACCAGCCUCCCCGCCACCUCCUUGGUGACAUGAGCCCCACCAUGCCUAUCCCGCCAGUCAAGUUUACACUGUGUGCUGCCUCAGAGACCGCCAGCUCGGAGGACACACAGCAGGGCAGGGGCAAACACAGACUUCCUUUUAAAUUAUUUGCCUUCUUGGUGUUCUAGUUUGGGGCUGUGACACUUCACCCCGCAAAGCGGGCAGUGCGAGGAAGAAAAAGAUCAGGGAAAGCCCUAACCGGAGAUACCUCAGCCAGCAGCCAGGGUGACACAAUCGAACCUCUCAGGGGCUCCUGUCUAUCUCCUGGCAGGACUGAGGGCCAGCUAGCGCCUCCUCCUCACGGCCACACUGGGGGGGCCCCACACUGGAUCCUCUUCGGCUGCCUGCCUUUGCCAGAACGUGUGGGGACCGCUGUGGAGACCCUGUCUAUCUGGCCCCUCUGCUCAGAGAGGCCAAGUGGGACCAGGGGAGGUCAGGAGGAGCGCUCUCAGGGUUGGGGUGCACGUGGUCACGAGGCUCUGGCUGCCGGACUGGGGUGGGUGGGAGGCAAGCUCAUCUCAGGCCCAGCUCUUCACAGCAGGGGCACCACACAGCCCCUCCAGUUGAGGCCAAGAGGUGGAAUGCAGCUCAGUGUUGGUGGCCACCUCUGCCCUUGCAGAUGGCAUUUCAUGUUACUUCUGGUGCUCCCCAGCCUCACCCAGCCCACCCCAGAGAAGGGGGCUCUGGGCACUCUGGAAUGCGUGUCUUCAUCAUCCCGGGGGGUCACAACUGGUGCUAGACUACCGGCUGAACAGGGAGUGUCAACUUUGGUCAUCAUGCUGUGGCAUGAGGGGAGGCUGACCUGAAAGGUGACUUUGUGGGACAGUGAAACAUGAGUUCUCAGGUUGUGCCCCAUUGGUCACUGCUCUCUGCCAAAGAGUGCUCCUGCUGGGGUCCAGGGUCUUCUCCCACCUGGCUUGGGCUGGGCCAGACAUUUGUGGUGCUAGGGCAAGGGGGUAUGGUCAGGUCCCCAGGCUGAGGACCAGAGUCCCCACCCCCGCCCCCGGGGCCCAGUGCCCCAGGCAAGAAUGUGAGCCUUUGCCCCACCCUGAGAGGACAUGGCCCACAGGGCUGUGGCGCCUCAGCCGCCCUCCGUGUUACUUCCAAAGGCAGGUAACUUCUCUAGACCCUCUGGUUCUCAGGAAGCCACUUGGGCUCCCAGGAUUUCUCCCAGUGGUCCUUACUCCCAGUCGUGCAGAGGGUCUCCCAGGCUCCUCAGCAGAUGACAGAGGUGGUUGCCAGUCUUCCUUCCCUGGGGCAGGGGGGCUAUUCUGAGCCAGGCAAGAGGACUAAGAGCAGUGGGUCCCUGCCUGCAACCCCUGGAGAAUAGAGGCCCUGGAGGGGGCUCCUCACAUGUCCUCUCUGCCUGCUGCCACCCCCCCCACCCCGGGAUGCUGGGGCACACACUGCAUCAUUCCUGUGAGACCCAGCCUGCCUGUGUUAGGGGUAUAAAUUCUUGUGCCUUGGAGAUCCAGAUCUUUAUACUUUCAUGUAUUU